GCCAACUCAUGAACUUACCCGGCAAAAAAUGAAUCUUCCAUGCAUUGCUCUACCGACACAGAGAGCGGAGAGAAUUUAGCAGUCCAAAAAUACACACCAAAACAAGUAAAAUCCGUUUACAUAUUCAUUAAUUCAUUCAUAUAAUCUCUAUUUUUAUCCAUUAAUUCGUUAAUAAAUCUUUAUUUUUGCCGCUCAUUUCUCUUCUCCACCAAAGCUACACACACAUACAAUUUAAAGGACAUUUACACUUUCUGUUCUUCACAUUUCAAGCAUUUCUUCUUGUCAUAGGUUGUUUGAUACUAUUAUUACGAACCCAGUUGAAGAAUGGAUGAAUUUGGAGUUUUGGUAGAAAGUAUUGGGUUCAAGGCCCUAGGGAAAUCAGCUCCCAUGGCCAAAUUGAAGUCAAAACCGAAUUUCAGCAGCAGCAACAAUGGAUUCUCGCAAAGCAUAGGCAUCAAUUCAACGACACCUAAUGAUUCCUCCUCUUUCGUUGUUGAUGAUCUUGAUGGGAUUUUCAGAUCCACUGCUAGUAUCAGCAAUCGAAAAUCCCACAAUCAUUUUGAUGACGAUGAUAUUUUCGGCGGGCACUUUUCAAGUACGAAUCAAUCUGGGGGCAUUGACUUGGAUUCUGUGUUCAAGAGUUCGAGUAAUUCUUCAAAUUAUAAGAAUUCUUUCGGUUCCAAUGGGCGUGAUGACUUAUUGGGCUCAACUCCAAGAGGAUGGGAUUCUGUUGAUGAUUUGUUCGGGAAUUUAGGAACGAAAUCUAGUGGUUUGAAGGGAAAAAAGGAGGAAAAUGGGCCUGAAUUUGAUGUUUUGAUACCAGGAUAUGGAGCAACCACCCCGUCAAACAAUGGAGCGUACUCCGACACCAAACAGUCAAGUGACCAUUCGUUGAACUCUGAUUCCAAGUUGGUGGAUGAUCCUUCUUCAGUCUUUGAAUCCUCUGUAUCCCAGGGAUAUGCUUCUUGGCCAUUUGCUAGUUCUGUGGAACAAAAUGUAGGAAAAGGCUCAGUUCAAUCUUCAAUUGAUGAACUUGAAGAUUUUGCCAUGGGUAAAAUCCUGAAUGAUGCAAAUACUGACGGCACAGGGAAGCUGAAAAAUGUGAGGAGCACAGAUGACAGACCAUAUUCGGAGAAAAUUGGAAAUAUAAAAAUUUCUAUUGGAAAAAAGAAGGUAUAUACAAAUGAGAGAGAACUCAAAGGAAAACAGGGUACACUUCACAAACAAAGGGUUAAUGAAGUGAAGAAAGGAUUUGAGAAUGAAGAUGAUAUCGAUAUGUUUUUUAGCAGUGGUGUACAGUCAAAUCAUAUGGCAAGUAGAAGUUCUACAACUGAGGACUCUCUUUUUGAUACGCUAUUCCAUGGGAAAAGAGAGUCUGAAGUUAAGAGUACUACUACAUCUUCAGUCAGCACAAAGCAGGCGUCUUCAAUGACGAAUAAUGUUGAUGACUUCUCUUCACUUUUCGGAGAUAACACACCAUCUGGAGAAUUUAAAGAAAAAGAAGGGGAAAGUGAAGAGCGCAGAGCAAGGCUAAAUCAUCAUAUGAGGACCCAAGCUCGAAUGGCUAAAGCUUUGGCUGAUAAAAAUCAACGUGAUGUUCAGGCACAACGUGAGAAGGAAGAGAGACAUAUGCUUGCUGAAACUAUGGAUAAUUAUAUAAAGCGUUGGGCAGCAGGAAAAGAAGGAAACUUGAGAGCUCUGUUGUCGUCAUUGCAACAGGUGUUAUGGCCUGAAUGUGGUUGGCAGCAAAUUUCAUUGACUGAUUUAAUUACUUCCACAUCAGUGAAAAAGGUUUAUUAUAAAGCAACCUUAUGUGUCCAUCCAGACAAGGUUCAACAAAAAGGAGCCAAUCUCCAACAAAAAUACAUUGCUGAGAAGGUUUUUGAUAUUCUGAAGGAAGCUUGGAACAAAUUCAAUGCUGAGGAAAUGAGAUGAGGUCUCAGAAAAAACGUUGGUGCCACUAUGUUGAGGUACAUCACAUUCCUUUGUAUAAAAAGCAGGCCACCCAGCCCUAUACACCAAACUGUUUAGGCGCUUCUUCAUUAGAACGGCCUCUACGUUCAUUCUCAGUUCCUGAGUUUAUACACUGGGAAUCAUGUCACGAGGUUGCUUUGGCCUUUCGGUUUAUUUUUUAUAUUCGUCCCUGCGUUUGGAUUGUUGAGAGUAUCUUCUCGUGCAAACUUCAUAGGCUGUCGUAGUCGCCUGAAUAAUUGUCGGUGGAUUAGUUUGCCUUGUUCAUGAUGCGCUACAAGAUCAUCAUCACACGUCUUGUAAAUUUAGAGGUUGUUUGGUGGAGAUUAAAAUUAGAUUUUUAGUAGAUUUUGAUAGAAGUUUUUUAAAUGUAUGGUUAAAAAGUUGUGAGACCUGUGAAAGAUAUGGUUAAUAUUGAUUGAUUGAUUGAUUUUGACUCAGGUUAAAAUCUUGAGCCAAAGAAGGGCUUAAAUGACUUUGAAGAUUUUUCGUUUUUCA